AUAGUUAUUUCCCCUUUGAUAUCUCUAAUGGAAGAUCAAGUCCUUGGCCUCAAGGCAUCUAAUAUCCCAGCAUGUUUAUUGGGUUCUGCUCAAGAAAAUACUGCUAGAGUGAAAUCGGAAUUACUCAGAGGUGAAUACAGGCUACUGUAUAUUACUCCAGAAUUUGCCUGUAGUGGUACUGACAUCCUCAAAACACUUAAUGAUGAAAUAGGUAUGGACUUGAUAGCUAUAGAUGAAGCUCAUUGUGUCUCGCAGUGGGGGCAUGAUUUUAGAAAUGCUUAUAGAUCACUUGGUCAACUGAAGAAACAGUUCCCUCAGAUUCCCAUAGUAGCCCUGACAGCAACAGCCACAUUGGAAGUAAGAAAAGAUAUCUGUAGUUCUUUACAUCUUAAAAAACCUACUGUAACAUGCACUGGCUUUGAUAGACCGAACUUAUUUCUAUCAGUAGCCAAUAAAAGUAAUAUUAUAUGUGAUCUGCGUACACAGUUAGUUCUCCAAGAUAAAGUGCUAAGUUUUCAAGGGCCCACCAUAAUAUACUGUCCUACUAAAAAAUCUACCAUGCAGGUUACUGAAGUGUUACAGGGUAUGAAAGUUCCCUGUCUACCCUACCAUGCUGGGCUAUCUCUUAAUGAACGGAAGAAAGCACAUCAUCAGUUUGUGAAUGACCAAGUUCAAGUGGUUGUAGCAACCGUAGCCUUUGGUAUGGGAAUUGACAAACCAGAUGUCAGGAAAGUCAUACACUAUGGAGCACCAAAAGAUAUAGAGUCUUACUAUCAGGAAAUUGGUCGAGCUGGAAGAGAUGGUUUCCCUAGCAACUGUCAGGUUUUCUAUUCUGCUGCUGAUUUUAAUGUCUCCAGACAUUUUAUAAAUGAAAUCAGUAACGUCAAACAUCAGGAACAUAAAAUGGAAAUGUUACGAAAGUUGCAGCAAUAUUUAAGCACUACUGGCUGUAGAAGAAGAAUAUUAUUGGCCCAUUUUGAAGGAAAAACUUUAGAAGAUAUUGGAGGUUCUGAUAAAUGCUGUGAUAACUGCAGAAGCAAUUCAACAGUAGGUUGGAAUAAAACAGUGGACCUGACAGCUGAUGUCCAAGAUUACAGUUCAGAGGCCAAACUCUUCUAUAAUGCUAUGGAGGCUUUGAACUCACGAUUUGGUAUGACUGUUAUUAUACAAUUCCUUGGUGGGUCGAACAGUCAGAAAGUUAGUAAAUUUUACAAUAAACCAGGCUACGGCAAGGGCAAGCAUAAAACACAGAAGUGGUGGAAAGCUUUUGGGAAAUGUUUACUUGUGGAAGGAUAUUUAAAAGAAAAGGCCAUAGAAGGAGGCUUUGGAUCUACAAUCGAAAUUUCUAACAAAGGUUUUGAUUGGUUAAAUCAAUCUACCUCUCAAGCAAUCAAACUACAACCGUCACAUGACUUGUUGAACGAAGAAAAGAAUACCACAAUCAAACCUUCCUUUAACAUUACUGUCAAGUAA